AUGGAGUGUGGCAAGCACCUUUUGAACGACCGAGAACGACAGUCAGGGGGGUUCGAUGUCGAUCGAGAGAGACACAGUCAAGGGGGGUUCGAUGUCGAUCGAGAGAGACACAGUCAAGGGUUCGAGGUCGAGAGAGAUGUCGAUCGAGAGAGAGACAGUCAAGGGAGGUUCGAUGUCGAUCGAGAGAGACACAGUCAAGGGAGGUUCGAUGUCGAUCGAGAGAGACACAGUCAAGGGGAGGUUCGAUGUCGAUCGAGAGAGACACAGUCAAGGGGAGGUUCGAUGUCGAUCGAGAGAGACACAGUCAAGGGGAGGUUCGAUGUCGAUCGAGAGAGACACAGUCAAGGGGAGGUUCGAUGUCGAUCGAGAGAGACACAGUCAAGGGAGGUUCGAUGUCGAUCGAGAGACACAGUCAAGGGGAGGUUCGAUGUCGAUCGAGAGAGACACAGUCAAGGGGAGGUUCGGGAUGAUGUCGAUCGAUGUCGAUCGAGACACAGUCAAGGGGAGGUUCGAUGUCGAUCGAGAGAGACACAGUCAAGGGUUUUUCGAGUCGAUCGAGGGGAGGUCGAUGUCGAUCGAGAGAGACACAGUCAAGGGGAGGUCUCAAUUGGAUGUCGAUCGAGAGAGAGAGACACAGUCAAGGGAGGUUGUCGAUCGAUCAAGGGGGAGGUUCGAUGUCGAUCGAGAGACACAGUCAAGGGAGGUUCGAUGUCGAUCGAGAGAGAAAGUCAAGGGAGGUUCGAUGUCGAUCGAGAGAGACACAGUCAAGGGGAGGUUCGAUGUCGAUCGAGAGAGACACAGUCAAGGGGAGGUUCGAUGUCGAUCGAGAGAGACACAGCCAAGGGGAGACUUCGAUGUCGAUCGAGAGAGACACAGUCAAGGGGAGGUUCGAUGUCGAUCGAGAGAGACACAGUCAAGGGGAGGUUCGAUGUCGAUCGAGAGACACAGGAGUGGAGCCUGCGGCUUAAUUUGACUCAACACAGGAAAACUCACUCGGUCCGGACAACGGUAGGAUUGACAGAUCGUUAG